AUGGGAAAUGCGGAAUCGUCUGAUUCGCUCUCUUUGAAGCACAGACCGCGAUCGCAAUCUCCUCUAGCAAAACCGAGUAGUAUACGGGACGGGAAUGUACGCAACAUUGACAGCAGCCGUCAAUGUAUGACUGAAUGCCCACCACGAAGAUCGAAGACAUGCCGUGGCAGAAAUCCACGCAAAAAGGCAAUCUGCAGCAUUACUGGAUUGACACUUCAUCAAAAAGCGUUGCUGAUGCGAAAGUGGAACAGAAUGGAAGCAGCAACAGCCUACGAACUCGGAAGACGCGUGUUUGAAACGAUUUUUUCCGAAAACCCACACUAUUUGGCAUAUAUCGAUCUGAAAGGAGAACCGAACUGGAGGAAUCACAUUAAUUUCAAAAUUCAUGGUGAUUACAGGUGA